UUUUGAUGAAGCAUAUUGCAACAUCAGCAUGCACGUAAAGUCAUGUUACAAUAAUCUAACCAAAGCUCUCCUCUCCCUCUGCCCCAAAUCCAACUCUUUUAUCCACACCAAACAAACUCACGCGUUCGCCAUUCACCAUGGCCUCCUCCCCACUCAUAUCCCUCUCUCCGCCGCUCUCAUUCUCCGCUACGCCGCUUUCAAUUCCCCUUCAACUUGUCACCUUCUAUUCCAACAAGCUCUUCCUUAUUCUCAAACACCCUUCUUAUGGAACACCUUCAUCCGUGCUUUAUCCAUUGCUAGAUUUAAUCGUGACGGAUUUCAAUUUCAAGUUUACAAUACAAUGCUUCGAAUCGGAAUAAAACCUGAUGCUUAUACUUUUCCUUUCAUUCUCAAGGCCUGUGCCGAUGUUUUUUGUUUUCAGAAAGGUUUGGAGAUUCAUGGGGCUGUUAUUAAAACUGGGUUUGAUUCGGACAUUUUAUUAGGGAAUACCCUUUUGUCGUUUUAUGGUGCUUGUGGGAGUUUGCGGGAAGCGAGGAAAGUGUUUGAUGAAAUGCGUGAGAGAGAUGUUGUGUCAUGGAAUGCGGUUCUUGGGGUUUUGUCGGUUAAUGGGUGUUACUUGGAGGCGCUUAAUUUUUUCUCCCAGAUGAAUUUUACUUCUGGGAUUAAGCCCAACAUGGUUACUUUUGUCACUUUGUUGCCUGUUUGUGGAGUGCUUGGAGAUAAAGGGUUGGUGACGCAGAUUCAUGUGAGUAUUUUUAAGGUUGGAUUAAAUUUUGAGGUUAGUAUUGGGAAUGCAUUGAUUGAUGCAUAUGGGAAAUGUUGGAAUGUGAAGGAUUCAAAACGAGUUUUUGAUGAAAUGGUGGAAAAGAAUAAGAUUUCUUGGAAUGCAAGAAUUACUAGCCUAGCUUACAUGGGGCUUAAUAAGGAUGCGUUGGAUAUAUUUAGGUUGAUGAUGAAGGUAGGGCUCACACCUGAUUCCAUAACUAUUUCAAGUAUGAUACCGGUGCUGGCUGGAUUACAAUUCUUCAAUUUAGCAAAGGAGAUUCAUGGUUUUAGUUUGAGAAUUGGUAUUGAACAUGAUGUUUUCAUUUCCAACUCCUUGAUUGAUAUGUAUGCCAAAUCAGGUCAUUCAAAUGCAGCUUCAAAUGUAUUUCACCAAAUGAAUGCAAGAAGAAAUGUUGUUUCGUGGAAUGCCAUGGUAGCAAAUUUUGCACAAAACAGGCUUGAAUUAGCGGCUGUAGAACUACUAAGAGAAAUGCAAGCUCAUGGUGAGGUUCCAGAUUCUAUUACCUUAACAAAUGUUCUGCCAGCUUGUGGACGGUUAGGAUUUCUUCAAAAUGGAAAAGAAAUUCAUGGUAGGACAAUUCGUCUGGGAUCUAACUUUGAUCUGUUUGUUUCUAAUGCUCUGACAGACAUGUAUGCAAAAUGUGGAUGCCUAAAUCUUGCUGAAAAUGUCUUUAACAACUCUGUUAAGGAUGAAGUCUCUUACAAUAUUUUGAUUGUAGGCUAUUCUCUAACUAAUGAUUGGUCAAAAUCUGUGAGUUUAUUCUCAGAAAUGGGGUUCAUUGGUAUGAAACAUGAUGUAGUUUCAUUCAUCGGUGUUAUUUCAGCCUGUGCAAAUCAAGGCGCAUUAAAGCAAGGGAAAGAGAUCCAUGGACUGGCAGUAAGAAAGCAUGUUCAUGCUCAUCUCUUUGUUGCUAAUUCCCUAUUGGACUUCUACACUAAAUGUGGACGAAUCGACACGGCCAGUAAGCUCUUUUACCAGAUUCAACACAAGGACGUAGCCUCGUGGAAUACUAUGAUACUAGGUUAUGGAAUGCUAGGUGAAUUAAACAUGGCCAUCAACUUUUUUGAAGCAAUGAAGGAUGAUGGCGUUGUGUAUGAUUCAGUUUCAUAUAUUGCUAUUCUAUCAGCUUGUAGCCAUGGAGGACUACUUGAGAAAGGGAGAAAAUACUUCGAAGAAAUGAAGGCCCAGAAAAUUGAGCCAACACAAAUGCAUUAUGCGUGCAUGGUUGAUCUACUUGGCAGGGCUGGCCUACUGGAAGAAGCAGCUGAACUUAUUAAAAGCCUGCCCAUUACCCCAGAUGCUAAUAUUUGGGGUGCUUUACUCGGAGCAUGCAGAAUCUUUGGAAAUAUUGAGCUAGGGCGUUCGGCUGCUGAGAAUUUGUUCAAGUUAAAGCCCCAGCAUAGUGGAUACUAUACAAUUCUUUCAAAUAUGUUUGCUGAAGCAGGGAAGUGGGAUGAGGCACACGGGAUUAGGGAAUUGAUGAAAUUGAGGGGAGCAAGGAAGAACCCUGGUUGCAGUUGGGUUCAUAUCCAGGACCAGGUUCAUGCUUUUGUGGUUGGAGAGAGAAUGGAAAAAUUGGAUCCAACCCUCUGGCUUGCUGGAUACAGUUAAAUUUUGUUAUGACCAUUUUAAGAUUCAUUUGGCAGUUAAGCUGAUGAGAUUUUUGUUGAAGGAGAUCUUCGGCAGCUCUGUGUUCACUUGUGAAGGACUUUUAGGUGCGCGUACCUAUAUAAAUAUAUAUAUAUAUAUAUAUAUAUUUAUCUAUAUAUAGAGUAUAGUUGAAAAGUGUUAUCCUGGUAGACUACGUUGUCAUUUGUGUUGUGAUUCUUUUGGGGCAUUAUUAAGGUAUCACACCAUUCAUUUUGGGAAGAGAGAUGCAGGAAGAGGACUAUGAAGAGGGAAGAGGGAAGAGGGAGGGAUUGAUUCAGCGUGGCCACUUCCCAUUCCCCACCAGCCCUAUUCGAUGAGGAAAGGUUGUUUCAGCACUCGACGGUGCGAAUCUGGGGAGAGGAUGGAGAAUUUGACGAAGGGUAAAAUACAUUAAUAGUCAUUCAACUUUAAAAUGAUCACUAAAUUAUUAAUUUUUUAUUUAAUCCCUAACGUUUGAGUAAAUUUUUUUUUUUCGGUCACCCUGCCGUUAAUGACUAAAUCAACAAUAAUUAUCAGCAAUCAAGCGUCAUUCACAAUAAAAUUCACAAAAAAAUUUAGCAGCAAAUAUACAUUAAAGAAGAGAUUCUAAGGGUUU